AUGGCACGCCAUCAAUUCUCUAGAUCACUGCUCCUCCUUGCUGCCCUGGUCACCCUGCUGGCUACCUGUGGGGCAGUGGCGCCCACACGCCUGCGUUACAGUCGACAGCGACUAAUGCGUCCUUUUGCCAGGCAGCAGUUGCCCGAAAAUGCCGUUCCACCUACGCCUUAUCCCUCCGCGUCUGAACUGAAGCCCGAGGUGCCAUUCGAUGCAGAGGCAUCGGAGGCCGCAGAGAAAGUAAGCGUUGAAGCGGAGCCUGCGCUCAUUUAUGGCCCGCCUAUAGAUGAUCCACUGCCUGUGGAAAACGAGGAGCCAUCACUUGUGGAUAUUGAGGAGAUUGACAGUGAGGACGUUUCUGUAGAGUCCACCACACCAGCUGUGGCGGUGCCUGCACGUCUGCGCCAGAACCUUCAGCGCCUAGCUAAGCUACAGAUGGCCAAACGUCAGCGUCAUCAGCAACAGAGAGCAGCACGUCUGGAGGAGGGCGAAGCUCCACCUGUUGCAGUCUCACCCAGCUUUCUGGUCGCCCCAGCCCCCGCUAUCAGCCCCGUUGCCAAUCCUGUGCCACAAUUUUAUUACUUUGCUGCACCUCAGCAGCUGCAACAGCAGUUGACUUGGUAA